AAAGGCCAAUGGGAGCUGUCUCUCGAUCUCCAGACAUGUUCUUACAACAGCAAAUAUCCCUCCUCCCAUCCUAGUGUGCAUGGGGGACCAGCGCUGAGGGCCAGGGGAGAAUGCCCCCUACUGAGCACCCCACUUUCUGCAGCACAGGCCCCCUAGCGCUGCCCUGGGGCAUUGGGGCUAGCACUGACUGCGUGGGGAGAGAGCCCCUGCCUGCUCCUUGCAGCCGCCUGCCUGUUCCUUGGCAGUCUCCCAUCCACGGCGGGCCAGGCAGCUGCUGUUUAGCGGGAUGUUUGGUUGUAUGACAACACAGGUUGCUAUGGUUGCCAGUACCCUGGAAACACAGCCCUCAGCGGCGACUGCCCUGCGGUGCAGCUGGCUGGGCAGGGGCAGUGCCUGGCAUGGGGUGCCAGGUGGCCAGGGUCCCCUGUCUACAGGCAGGGUCCCAGAGACCUGGGCUGCGCUGUGUCUCUGCCCGCGGCACUGCUGGCUGCAGGCCAGCCCGGCUCGCACAGCACUGACUCAGUCUUUCUAUGACUCGCCCCUGGCUGGGACUGUGAGGCCAGGACAUCCCCAGGGCUGUGGGGGGAGAUGAGCGCCAGCCAGGCCACGGCCCCCAUGGCAGGACAGGACCCCUCCCCCUGUCCCCUCACACGCCUUGGUCCGGACAUGGCACAGCACACAGGGCGUGAGGCCAGCCUGGCAGCUGGAAUCACAGGAGGACGUGUCAGUGUGCGCGCACAAGUAUGUCAGUGUGUGUAUAUGUGUGAAUGACUGACUAUGUGUGUGCGUUGGCAUGUGUAUGAAUUGACAAUGCGUGUGUCAGUGUGUGUGCACAUGUAUGUCAGCAGCUGUGUGUGUCUGUGCGUGUGCAUCCCUUUGCAUGAAUAUUUGCACACACAUGGGCGGGCAUGUAGGGAUGGCUGGGUGUAUGUGUGGCCCUGGGUGUUAGUUUGUGCUGCACACACAGGCAUGAGCCCAGCUGUUGCAGCUGUUUCUGUUGCAGCUCAUUAACCCAUUGCCUGCCAGUGGCCUGGCUGGAGGAUGCUGCUCUCUGUCCUGGGACACGUGGCUGGCAGGGCUCGCCCAAUCCGGCAUCCCUGGUGUCACGCUUGCCUACUCCUGGGCACAGGGUUCCCUGCCACCCCUGGCUUUCCAGGCUCCGAGUUCACCACCCUGAGCUGUGGGCGUUGCAAGGCUCCCUCCUUAGAAAUUGUGGCCAGGCUGAGUCAUCCCCUGGCCUGGCCAGUCCUGCUCCAUGAAACACCCCUUCCUGACACUGUGCAGACCUGGCCCCAGGGCUUGCUCCCCACCAGCCACCAUGCGGCUGCCCCUGCUCCUCCUCGUUGGGUUCCUGGAAUUUCACUGCACAGGCCCAUUCCUGGUGCGUCUGGCUGGGGGCCCCAGUGAGUGCGUGGGGCGUGUGGAGAUCAACUACAAGGGCCGCUGGGGCUCGGUGUGUGACGACGAGUGGGACCUGGCCGACGCAGCCGUGGUGUGCAGGCAGCUGGGCUGCGGCACCGCGCUCUCCGCCCCGGUGGGCGCCUGGUUUGGGGAGGGCUCGGGCCCCAUCUGGCUCAAUGAGGUGCGGUGCCAGGGCUCAGAGCAACAUCUGCGCCUCUGCCGCCACCGGGGCUGGCGCCAGCACGUCUGCAGCCACGAGGAGGACGCCAGCGCUGUGUGCUCAGCUCACCGCUUCCUGCCCAUCAUCACCACUGAGCCCUCGGUGCAGCCGGCCCUUGGGGACCACAGCCCCCCAGCACAGAGCACUGCCAGGCCAGCUUCCACCACGCCAGAGCACAGUGGCGCCCCCCUGCGGCUCGUGGGGGGCCCCCACAACUGCGCGGGGCGUCUGGAGGUGCUUCACGGGAGCCAGUGGGGCUCGGUGUGUGAUGACGGCUGGGGGCUGCUGGAGGGCGCCGUGGUGUGUCGGGAGCUGGGCUGUGGCGCAGUGCAGGCUGCCCCCGGGGGGGCGCAUUUUGGGACUGGCACCGGCCCCAUCUGGCUGGAUGAUGUGGGCUGCAGUGGGAAGGAGAUGUCCCUGCAGCAGUGCCGGGCACGGCCCUGGGGGCGCACCAACUGCCAGCACGAUGAGGAUGCCAGCGUCAUCUGCACAGGGGGUGCUGUGCUGCGGCUGGUGGGUGGCGCUGGUUCCUGCUCUGGGCGGCUGGAGGUUUUCCACCAGGGCCGCUGGGGCACAGUGUGUGAUGACAUGUGGGCGCUGCCAGGUGCGGCUGUGGUGUGCCGGGAGCUCGGCUGCGGAAACCCACUCUCUGCUCCCAGGGGGGCCUUUUUUGGUGAGGGCAGCGGUCCCAUCUGGCUGGACAACGUGCGAUGCCAGGGCAAUGAGUCGGCGCUGAGCCGGUGUCGGGCUGCACCAUGGGGCGUGCACGACUGCCAGCAUGCGGAGGACGCUGGUGUGGUGUGUACAGACGAAUUGGCCCAUGUGAGGCAGCGCUUUGCCAAGCCCAUGGCCCCACAGCCACGAAUGCAGAAGCCACGAAUGCAGAAGCCACGGACGCAGAAGUCACGGACGCAGAAGCUCCGGCCCCAGCCCCGGCCCCGGCCCCGGCCCCCUUCAGCGGCACGGGAGGAGACACAGGCACCAGCCCAGGUAUCCCCACAGGCAGUGCUACCAGGGAAGUGGAAGCCGUUGUCUUUGCUGGAGGUCACCAGCCCCCGGGAGGCCGCCCAGCCAGAGGGGACCACGCGGAGCCCCCCGCCCUCAGGAGAGCCAGAGCUGCCCACUGCUGGACCCGCAGCCCAGGCUGUGACAGAUGCUGCCAUGGGGGUGAGCAGCCCCAGGGAUGGGCUCCAUCCGGAACGGCAUGGAGCCCCAAGGGCGCAGCGCCCCGUCCCGAAGAACCGGCGGCCCCACCCCAAAACAUUGGAGACACGCACAGACGCCAUCCGGCACCGAGCUCCUGCUGCCACCCCCACUCUCGGGACCCGCGCUGGGGCCCGGACUGACCCCAACGUGCCUCGUCCCCCACGCCGGCCUGGGGAUAGCACCCUGACGACUGUGGCCUCCGCAGCCCACCCUUCCAGCCAGCCCCAGAGCGCCUGGACCCGCCCAGCCACCCCCACCCCC